ACUUUUGUCUUACACACUUAGUGACUAUGCGCUUUGCUUCUGGAAUUCUGUUGGCGCUUUUACUGGGGUUCACAGCCGUCGGAGAAGCGUUGGCCGUUACUACUGACUUCGACUUUGGAAACUCUUUGGCGUUUGCGUUGGGGGUGGUGCUGCUAUGCUUGGUGGUGUGCAUACUCACUGGCAUUAUUGCAAGAAGAAGAACAGACUGAUGACAUGGAGGGCAAUAGAGUGACUGUUAGAUUGCGGAGUCCUUGCAAUUGAUAUUAAUUAACUUUCUAGUGUCUAGGUAUAGCUGAUAGUUAACUAUGCUUCUAUAUAAUUAAUUUUGUGUCAAUUGAGAAUGUAGCUGCCUUUAUUAAAGUCACAACAUAGUAGAACGUUACAAAUACGAAAAUGUUCAUUGAUAUCAACAACGAUAAUAUGGGACGUAAACGGCGUCGUUCAAGAAGUCGAAGUAGAGAACGAGGUAAACAGAGGCGCUCACACAGCCGCGAGCGUGCAAUCCGUCGUCGCAGUCAGAGUCGGUCCCCUCCCGAGGAACGUGACCGAGCACGAAGUCGGAGUCGUGACAGAGACAGAGGCAGAGAGAGAACCAGACAUCGCAGCAGAAGCAAGAGUAGAAGUCGCAGCAGAAGCAAAGAGCGGGAGCGUAGGAAGGAGAAGGAUAGAGGACGAAUCAGAGCGAGAUCGAGUGAAAGAAGAAGAGAAAGGUCGAAGAGUGCUGAGAGAGAAGGCGGAGAGAAGCGAAUCAAGAGAGAAAGGUCACGAUCGAAGUCUCCAAGAGGCACCUCAGCAGAAGCAGAAACUGCUGCAUCAAAACAGAGAACUGAACAGUCACAGAAUGGAGUCAUUGAAGGUGCAGCCUUGAAAGAUGAAUUACAGGAUGUGAAGCCAGAAAUUCCAAAAAAGAAACGACCAGAAGCGCCACUUUCACUGGAAGAAAUGAUGGCCAAGCGACAAAAGGAAUUAGAAGAGCAAUCUAAACCAAAAUUUUUGUCAAAAGAAGAGCGAGCAGCUCUUGCAGUGCAGAGAAGGCAACAAGAAGUAGAAGAACAGCGGAAGAGAAUGGAGGAGGAAAGGCAGAAGAGAGCAAAGUUUCUUGAAGAGGCGAAAGGUGGUGACAUGUAUCGUAGAAGAGAAGACGAAGAGGAAAGAGAGAAAAGAAGAGCAGCUCGAGAACUGGCUGCUUCGCAGAAAGAAUUGGAAGCAGAAUUUGAUGCCAUCAAGGAGCGUUACCUUGGAGGAGUAAAGAAGAAGAAACGAGUUCGACGUCUCAAUGAACGGAAGUUUGUAUUUGAAUGGGAUGCAUCAGAAGACACGGCAGCCGAUCACAACCCUCUGUAUAAAGAUAAGCAUGAAGUGCAGUUUUUUGGACGUGGUCAUGUCGCUGGAAUUGAUUUAAAGGCUCAGAAAAAGAAUCAAUCAAAGUUCUAUGGUGACUUGUUGGAGAAGAGAAGAACAGAAGAUGAAAAGACGAAAGCUGAUGAACUUGGGAAGAAAACUAUGGAACGAGAACGUAAGGCACUCUGGGACGAUCGUCACUGGUCGGAGAAAUCAAUUGAAGAGAUGGCUGAUCGAGACUGGCGUAUCUUGAAAGAAGACUUUAGCAUUGCAACGAAGGGUGGAAGGAUUCCCAACCCCAUGCGGUCGUGGAAUGAAGUCAACUUGCCAGACAAACUAUUAGGAAUUAUUGAAGAUCAUCGUUAUGAGGAACCAACUCCUAUUCAGCGGCAAGCUAUACCAAUUGGUCUUCAAAAUAGAGAUAUUAUUGGUGUAGCAGAGACAGGCAGUGGGAAAACAGCUGCAUUUAUUAUUCCUCUUCUUGUUUGGAUAAUGAGCCUCCCGAAAGAAACAAAAGAGGCUGAUGAUGAUGAAGGUCCAUAUGCCAUCAUUCUGGCGCCAACGCGUGAGUUAGCUCAGCAAAUAGAAGAAGAAGCAUCGAAAUUCUGUCAACCUUGUGGCAUUCGAACUGUUGCAGUUGUUGGAGGGUUGUCUCGUGAGGAGCAAGGAUUUCAACUACGUCUUGGUUGUGAUAUUGUAAUUGCUACACCUGGUCGUCUCAUUGACGUUAUUGAGAAUCGUUACCUUGUUUUGAGUCGCUGCACGUACGUUGUACUAGAUGAGGCAGAUAGGAUGAUUGACAUGGGUUUUGAGCCGGAAGUUCAAAAGAUUCUAGAACAUUUUCCUGUGACAAACGAGAAACCAGACACAGAUGAUGCAGAGGACCCUGAGAAGCUAAUGGCAAAGUUUGGUACAAGAGAGAGAUACAGACAGACGGCCAUGUUUACAGCUACUAUGCCACCAGCAGUUGAAAGACUAGCAAGGAGCUAUCUCAGACGUCCAGCCGUUGUGUACAUUGGAAUGAUCGGUAAGCCUGUCGACCGUGUGGAACAGCGAGUCCACAUUGUCACCGAACCUCAAAAGAGGAAAAGAAUGAUUGAGUUGUUGAGAAGCGGUAUUGAACCUCCAAUCAUUAUAUUUGUCAACCAGAAGAAAGGUUGCGAUGUCCUAGCAAGAUCACUCGAAAAGAUGGGGUUUCGAGCUACAGUGCUUCAUGGUGGUCGAAAUCAAGAGCAGAGGGACUAUGCACUGCAGUGCUUAAAGUCGGGUACGAAGGAGAUUCUGGUUGCUACAGAUGUGGCUGGUCGAGGAAUCGAUAUUCCCGAUGUAUCAAUGGUUAUCAACUAUGACAUGGCAAAGAGCGUUGAAGACUAUGUUCAUCGUAUCGGUCGUACUGGUCGUGCUGGCAAGACUGGGUGUGCAGUGACAUUCCUGACACAGGAGGACUCAUCGCUUUUCUAUGAAUUGAAACUGACAUUACAGAGCAGUCCAGUCAGCGUUUGUCCUCCAGAACUGUCGAAUCACCCUGAUGCACAGCAAAAACCAGGAACAUUUACGAUGAAGAAGAAGAGAGAUGAAACGAUCUAUACAAGUUAAGUGAGUGAUUCAGCGAGACAGCAUUACAAAACAUCUUGUUGUAUGUGUCUAAUAUCUUCUGUAGAAAUACAUUUCUGAU